CAUAAAGCAGCACUCUGUGUUACGGUUAGCGACCAUGGCUUUGCCGACGCUUUCUGCUCACUGGCCGAGUCGCGUACGCGCGCUGGAGAGGCAGAUGGUGCGGCAGCGGGAACAGGAGGCUCGGUGGCGGCAGCAAUGGGAGCUUCAUUCGCAAUAUUUCAGGGAGCAGACUCUCCGCAGCAAUAAACAGGCAUACUGGAGCUCCCGGCAGUCUUAUCAAAAAAGUAUGAGUGCGUUCCACCGCGAGCGAAUGAAGGAGGAGAAGAAACGGAAUCUGGAGGAACGGAGGGAGAGACUCAGGAUUCUGCUCCAGGAGGAGAGAGACCGGCUGGAGACAGAGCUUCGAGAGGUUGGCCCAGACAGGAGUGCCUCAGUCAGGCAGCUGGUGGAGAGGACAGAGGGUCUGCGGUCAGCCAGGGAAGAGAGAAGGAAAAAUCUUGCACAGGAGCUGUUGAGGGAGCAUUGGAAACAGAACAACCCUGAACUUCGUAAGGUCGAAUCAACUUUGCACAAAGAUCAUGUCGUCAGCCAAUGGCAGGAGCAAAAGGCUGAGAAAAAACGGUGUGAUGAAGUAGCCCAGGAGGAGAAGAGGCGCUUUGAAAAUGAAUACGAGAGGACAAGAAGGGAGGCCCUGGAGCGGAUGAAGGAGGAGGAGGAGAGGAGGAAAGAGGAGGAGAGGAAAAGAGCGGAGGAGCUUCGGAGACAGAUGGAGGAACUCAAACUGCGUGAGGAAGAGGCCAGCCAUCUGAAGAAGGAGCAGGAGGCUCUGAUGGUGCAGCGCUGGGAGGUGGAAAGGCUGGAAGAAGAGAGGAAACAAGCGGAAGAGUCUAGAAAAAAAUCAGAACUAGGGCGGUUUCUGACACGGCAGUAUCGAGCUCAGCUGAGGAGAAGAGCGCAGCAGGUGCAGGAGGAGCUGGAGGCGGACCGCAGGAUCUUGGCCGCGCUUCUGGAGGGCGAGGAGGAGGACCACAGGAUAGCGAGCGCUCGGCGCGAGAGGGCGGUGGCAGACGCGGCCUGGAUGAAAGGAGUGAUCGAGGAGCAGCUGGAACUGGAGAGACAGAGAGAGGCGGAGUUUGAAACUCUGUACAGGGAGGAGGCGCAGCGUGUUUGGGAGAAGCGAGAGGAGGAGUGGGAGAAGGAGAGGAGAGCCAGAGAGAGGCUCAUGCAGGAGGUUCUGACAGGGAGACAGCAGCAGUUGGAGGAGAAGAUGCAGCGGAAUCGCAGGGCCCAGGAGGAGUCUCUCCGUCGCAGAGAGGAGCUCAUUCAGCUCCUGGAAAUGGAGAGAGAGAGCAGACGACAGGAGAGAGAGCAGGAGGAGGCCCAACGGACCACACGCAUGCAGGAGAUCAAUGCCCAGGUGGAAGAGCGGCGUCGGGAGCAGUGGGAAGAGCAGCAGAGGAGGAAAGAAGAGGAGGAGAGGCAGAGGGAGGCGCUCAGGCUAGAGGAGGAGGAGCUCCGCCUGGAGACACAGCGGAUGACUGAACAGGGGUACCAGGAGAGGAUCCGUAGCAGACCCCGGUCAGCCUGGACAUGAGGACUCAAGGGCAGAAUGCUGAGGUAGCUCAAUCAUUUUAGCCAAACGUGUUUCAGCAUUAAAAGAAAAGAACCAUUUCAGAUG